UGCCCACAACACGCGGUGUUUAUAAUCCGAAUUGGACUCAGUUCCCCCUUCCGACCAGUGUGUGGUUCAUUCCAGCGCCCCUGUAUAUCCUUAGUGCGAGGGGUGUUUCUGCUGUCAUCAACACUGAGCCAGGCGGUUCAGUCACUCCGCUGACAGAGCAGCAAAGUGAAUUUCGAUGGAGGGGUCAGAACCGAGCAGAGAUCUUCUCGUGCAGGACUGCCCUAUGCCGAACUGUUAAGGGGAAUGCAUCAGCUGUCUGCAGAAACUGUCUCUGAAUCCUCUUGGCCCUUGGCUGCAGGGCCUUGAGCAGCUAUCAUGACGUACCCCAACACCAGCAUACUGACAGCCAACUUCAGUGGAGCUUUGGAUGGGGGAAACAUUUACCGUCCCUUCUCUGUUUUCAGUGUGCUCACUCUCACUUUACUGGCAAUGCUGGUGGUGGCCACCUUUGUGUGGAACUUGCUGGUGCUUAUGACCAUCCUAAGGGUGAGGACAUUCCACCGGGUUCCCCACAAUCUUGUGGCUUCAAUGGCUAUCUCCGACGUGAUGGUGGCCGCCCUGGUCAUGCCUCUAAGUCUCGUCCAUGAGCUGAAUGGCCGGCUGUGGAAACUAGGCCGUGUGCUGUGCCAGGUGUGGGUCUCCUUUGAUGUGCUCUGCUGCACAGCCAGCAUCUGGAAUGUGACGGCCAUCGCGCUUGACCGCUACUGGUCCAUCACUAGACAUCUUGAGUACACGCACAAGGCACGCAAAAAGAUCUCCAAUGUGAUGAUUGUACUCACAUGGCUGCUUUCCUCCAUCAUCUCCCUGUCACCCCUCUUUGGCUGGGGAGAAACCUACUCAGAAGGGAUGAAGUGCCAGGUGAGCCAGGAGCUGUCCUACACGAUCUUCUCCACCUUCGGAGCCUUUUACCUCCCUCUUUGUGUGGUGCUGUUUGUUUAUUGGAAGAUCUACAAGGCUGCCAAGUUUCGGUUUGGUUCCCGCAAGAACAACACAAUCACACCCAUGGCUGAGGUACACACAGCAGCAGCCCCACAGCAGCCCCAGAUGGUGUUUACUGUGCGCCAUGCCACCGUGACCUUCCAGACAGUCGGGGACACGUGGCGCGAGCAGAAGGAGAGAAAGGCAGCGCUGAUGGUAGGCAUUUUGAUUGGUGUGUUUGUACUUUGCUGGAUUCCCUUCUUCAUCACUGAGCUCAUCGUGCCUCUAUGUUCCUGUGACAUCCCACCCAUCUGGAAGAGCAUCUUCCUGUGGCUGGGCUACUCCAACUCCUUCUUCAAUCCAUUCAUAUACACCGCCUUUAAUAAGAACUACAACAAUGCUCUGAGGAACCUCUUCUCCCGACAGCGCUGAGACAGUCGGAAAAGUCAGCUGACACACUACACCAGCAUGCACACCACAGUGUUACUCCUCCAGACAGAAAAAAGACUAACCUGUCUGUUUCCAUUACUCCAUCAUCCCCCAGACGGAUUAUACUCACAGAGAUUGUCUAAAAAAAAACCUGUCUUCAAAAAUGUGUGAUUUUUAUUUAGGUUGUGUUUUGUUUAUAAUCAUGCCGAGGUAACCUCACUGCUGGACUAAGUGGGAUGUCUGAGGUACUGUAUCUGAAAAGAGAAGAAUAAAUUGGUUUUGUUGGUGCCGGAGUGGAUACAGAGCUGUCUACAUCUGGGUUUUCUCUCUGUUGUUUCAGGCCUAUUGGGGAGAAAGGCAGAUUAACUCCCUUGUCAUGAUAGUCAAGGCUGCUGGGAACCAUUUCAAAGUAGAGCUGGAAGAAAUGUUCAAGAAAAAGCUUUUAGAACUGAACAAAAUGAACCUCUUAAGUAAUUAACCAAGAAAAAGAUGUGUAUUGUUUUUUGAACUAGACAGCAAAAUGCUCAUUUUGGUAGAUUCGAUUUUAAGGUAAAAAUGGAUUUGAUUAUAUAAAAGAAUGAUUGUAGGACCUGAAAUCUCUCCAGUUAAGCAGUAAAAUGUUCAGAGACUUCCAUCUUGUAGCAAAGUACGCAUGAACUCCCUUGCUAUUCAUUCAUACAUACCUCUAUAUCAUUGUGCAAUCUCUCCUCUGAUGCUGACUAGCUUUACACAAAUUUACCGUGAACAUACACCUCAACAAUCCCAUGCCUUUUAUGAUAUCAGGAAAAUAGCUUAACAAGUUAUUAUCUCUGUCAUCUUUGAAUGGAUGCAUUAUUGAGUAACUGUGGCCAGAAAUAAUCCCAUUUCACUUCGAUUAAAUAAAGUAUUCAUGAAAUACAGAAGAUGUGUGUACUGGUGUAAAGCUAUUCGAAGCAUUAUAACAACAACUGAUUCUGUAGCCUGAGAGGUCAGUAGUAAUUAAAUUGGAAAAUAAAAAAUAGGGACAUGUGUUGCUUUAUUGUAUGGGGAAACUGAAGUGCUGAGAUGAUGCAUGUUUUAAAGUAUAUCUUAUGGUGUUAUACUGUCGCUGGGGAGGUAUGUGAGUAAGAGAAACUAAUGUUAAAUAUAUCCCUAAUGAUAGCACAGCACCGUUGGUCUAAUAAUGUUUUCCAGUUGUGGGGCUUUAUCAGUUUUUUAUAUGACUCUCCUAUUCCCUGCUCAAAUUGCCACCCUCUACUGUAAGUGUUCACCACUACAAAAUCAGUGAAUGAACCUUUAUUUUGUUGUGCAAUAUACUGUAAUGUGAAUAUGCGUGUUGGCAUGCUAAUAUUUGCUAAUUAACACUUAGUACAAAGUAUAGCUGAGACUGAUGAGGAAUGCCAUUAGUUUUGCAGGUAUGACGCGUCAAAUUUUUGACCUUGAUGAUUUUACAUAAAAAGUAAAUGGAUCACCAAAGUGAUUAUAAUUCAUCCUUACGGGGAAUUGAAUCACAUUAACCAAAUUUCAUGGUGAUCCAUCCAAUAGUUGUCGAGACAUUCCAGUAUUAACUACUAUGUCAACCUCAUGAGCACAGCAGUGCUUUGAGCUACAUGCUAACACGCUGAAAGUGACAAUGCCAGCAUGCUAAUGUUAGCAGGUAUAAUGUUUAUUAUGUUGAUCAGUUUUGUGUGCUAGCAUGCUAAAAUUUGCUAAUUAAUACUAAACAAGAAGUACAACAGAGGCUGAUGGAAAUAUCAAGUACCAAAAUCAGUAGGAUUCAUCCUUAGAAACCAUAGAAAUAUCUGUAGCAAAUUUCAUGGCAAUUUGCCAAUAGUUGUUGAGGUAUUUCAGUCUGGACCAAAGCGGUGAACCGACCGACCAACAUUGCAAUCCCUAGAACCAUGCCUCUAGCAUGGCUACAGAAAACUAUUGGAUUAUCUGAAAACUUUUUUUGGCAAAACUGAAAAUAACUGUUUUACAUGAAAAGUUGAUGCUUCAGAGAUACAUUGUUUUCACAGGAAAGCAGCACUAUGUGGCUUAUAUAUUAUUAAAUACUAUUUUAAAAAUUAUCCUUUUUUUCUAAACAGAUUUUUGUACACAUUUGUAAGACAAAUUCUGUAAGACAAUGGCAAUGUUAAGUGUGGAUUUUUCAAUUCAGGCUUAAUUAAUAAUUAAUCUGCAUAUGGUCUCUACGCCUUUUCCUUGAUUUGUACAUUUAUAUUAUAUUUUACUGUAUGUUAACAACUUACAGACUUCAAAUGAUAUGGUUUAUGAGUAAGAAUGGUACAUUCGCCAUGUACAUAGAAGACAUUGCCUCACCAGUAAAAAAAUAAAUAAUUUAAACUAUACCACAUCAUCAAGUUGAACAGAGUAAUAUAUUACAAUGAAGGAACAUACAGUAAAUAGAAGUGAAAAGAAAGCUAAUCCGCUAUUGUAAUGGUUGUUACUAACAGUAUUUUGUGGUGAAUAAGGAAAUGCAUGAAAUAUAGACAGAAACAGUAAUCGUUAUUUUUUACAUUCUGUCAGAUAUGGUAAAGUAAAUGACAAUACUGUUGAAACUGGUCUGUUCCUGCACGGCACUAAUUUCAUGUAUUAAUCACAUGACUUGCUCGUUGACUUGAGCCAAUGCCAUUCUGCAGGAUUCAUUCAUAUAAAUGACUUCUUACUGCUCUCCAAAUUGCCCGAGGUCGGUUGAUUAUUCACCUUUCAGCCCACUUAGACCUUGUUCUAUGUGAUGGUCCAUCUCAGGAAAAGCAAAGUGUUAUAGAAAUGUGUUGUUUACCAUCCAUCCCUGUUUCCAUUUUUAUGUUCUCAAGUGGUUAAAAAAAAAAAAAAAAGGAGCAUUACUUCCUUCAGAGGCACCGCUUGGAAAUUCAAACCUGUAUUCAUACCUCAAAAACAACCAUGAAGGUAGUGGAAUUUUGAAUGGUCCAAUAUCUGUAACUGUGUCUGUGUUUUUUUAAUGUGUGCGUGUUUUCUUCCGCAUAGGCCUUGAAUGAUAAAAUUGACAAUAAAAGAGCAUUGGAUUUGUGAUACACGGUGUCAAGCUUGACAGUUCAACAAGAAAGCUUAUUAAAGUAAAAGCUAUUCAGGUUGAGCCAUGAGGGGUACUGCUAAAUACAGCAUUUUCUAAGAGUUGGCUGCAGACACACACUCUUUUACAAGCACAAACACAUAGGUCUGCAUAGACUAGAAAGAGGU